AUGCUGGGACGCUCAUACUGGCCUAUGCUGGCUAUGCUCAGUCUGCCUUGUACUGGCUAUGCUCAUGCUAUACUAUGCUGGUGCUUCAUACUAGCAUACUCGGAUUCUAACAAAGCCCACCGCAAAGUCGUACUGUGCCCCACUGGCAGCCCCGGCCGGGCCUGUCCGUGGAUUCGUACUAUGCAGCUACUGGUAGGACUCUGUGGUCGCCGGAUCGUGUCCAAUGGACGCCGUUCCUAUUUUGGGCAACUCCCCAUAGGACGACUGGCAAGUCCCAGGCAAAACCCCGCGCUAAACGAGCGCCGUGGCGCCAUGGUUAAAGUUACUAUUCGCGAAGCGUUUCAAAGUGCGAUCGUCACGUUCUCCUCCUCACAUCUUGCAGCCCGUGCAGCGGGAACCCGAGAGGUCGCAAUAAGAGGACGUGGCGGUGCAGUCUCAGCUCUCGCCAAAGCUCAAGCCGGCGCAUACAAAGGUCAUACCGCACCUUGGCACUCAAUGCUCAAGGAGCGUCCUUUUGCUAAUUACGAAAUGCACUCAUAUCAGUUUGGUCACCAGCCUUGUUCCACACGUGAGUUCAAGCAGAGGGCUGCUGGAACAUAUGGAAUUGAGCACCGCAGUAAAGACCUUGCAGGGUCUUGCGCUAUAGUCCACAUACAGGCUCAGGCGGAAUUUGAGUUAUUUGUGGCCGCCAGAAGCCGCCACAAGGCAGUGUGUUGGCUGCAGGGCUUCACGAGGAGCAGCCUAAUCUGCGAUCGGGGCUCUCUGUCCUCAAUCGCUGGAGUUAACAAUAAUAUCCAUCAUCAACAAAGGGGUAAUCGGUUUGAAGAAUUGGGUAUGAGCCCAGAAUGGGUCGAAACCGUGGACGAGGAUGAGCGUUUUUUGCCCUUAAUUCAGGGACACGCUUCGCAAAUUUGCGAGAACCUAUGGCUGGGGUCUGAAGAUAAUGUGCGAGAUCUCGUUUGGCUCAAGCUGAACAAAAUCACGCGAAUAGUGACCAUUAUGCCCCAAGCGGUUGAUCCAACUGAUAGCGGACACAUGAGCGAAGCGCUGAAGUUAUGGUUUGCAGAAAAUGUUGAUUCUCUUUUCCUGGAGGCCCUUGAUACUCCAACACAGCUAGUGCUAGCUAUGUGUCUUACUUUGACCAUGUAUAAAUUGGAAUGCACUGCACUGAACCAGGUAUUUAAACACGUGAAAAGAGCCAUUGAGUUCAUCAACAUUAAUUUGGACCGAAAUAACUGUGUCAUUGUGCAUUGUGGCCGAGGUAUCUCCCGAUCUGCAACCUUGGUCAUCGCGACACUAAUGGUCCGCAAUAAGAUGUCGUUCGAGUUAGUAUCCUCGAAGCGCUCUUGCAUCUAUCCAAAUGUGGGCUUCCAAAUUCAGUUGUGUCUAUUUGAAAAUCUUGAUCUGCACAUUGAUGCGGCCCUCCCAAAAGCGUCUCUUAAUCUUACCCAUGCGACUGUGACCACUAUCGUAGAGGGAUCAAGCUUUGACAUUGCAUCUGAGAUUUCUGUGUCAAUCCGGAAAACAUUGGAGAAUGCAGAGGAGCAAAUGUCCAGAAUGUUUGAUGACGAUAGCAUUAAGGACGAUCCCCAAAGAUGGAUGGAUUUUGGCUUCUUCAUCCAAAACUGCCGUGAGUAUUUGGGUCAUGUUGACAUCGGCCUGCCACUAGAUCUUCUAAACAUGGCCGAAGAUGUCGCUAGACGUCUACAGAACUUGGGAAUGAUAUUUGAAGGCAAAGGUGUUGCAAUAGCUGUCCGUGUUGGCAAGGUCCUGGCCGUGUGGCAUAAUCUCCAGCAGCAACUCUCCAUGAAACCAGAUGCCCUAGCCCGUGUUGCCUCAGAUUAUGUUUCACACCUUGAUGGCGCGGCUUCUAAAAACAGCCCUAAUGGUGGCGCCGAUCAAGGCUUGAACCUCAAAACCUUGCACUUCAACAGGGGCCCCAGCACCGCCCAGCACGCUGCCCCAGCAGGGGCAUUUGGUCCCGACUCUACCACAGCGCGCUAGCCUGAGAGUUACCUCGGACACUGCUACUAGCCCCGGUUUGCUACUCUACUCAGGCUUCCUCUACCUGGGUCAGAAAAAAACAAAGAGCACGGAAAGGAUCUAAGUCCCGCACAUCCACUCGACGUGAAGGUAUAGUCCGUAGAAGCAGGGUGGAGUGGAGUAGCGGAGUGGAGUGGACUUCGGGGAACUGAAGUCCAAGUAUAUAAGGAUAGGAACCUGCAAAG